AUGACUGAAGCUCUCAACAUUCCGAAACAGUCCAUCUUUCACUGGUCAUCUACCAGCUCUUCCAAGGAUUUCGACGUUCAUGACCCCGCUACUGGAAAAGUUCUUACAACUGUUCGGGGUGGCGACGCUGCAACCACACAAGCAGCCAUCAGUGCUUCCGCCGCGGCCUUUGCUGAAUGGAAGCAGCGAAGCUUGGCAGAACGCGGGCAGCUCCUAUUGGCGUGCUCUGUCGCUAUUGAUGCACACAAGCAAGAACUGGCAGACUUGCUUUGUGCCGAGAAUGGAAAACCCGUUCUAGACGCAGUAUUGGAUGUCAACUUUCUCAUCAAAGUCUUUGAAUUCUUUGGUUCCUUGGUCGACAAGCUUUCUGGACAGUUUCACGACCGCGGAGUGGUUUAUACCUCCAUCGUCCGCGAGCCUCUUGGUGUGUGUGCAGGUAUUUUGCCGUUCAAUUGGCCACCUAUUCACGCUGGUGGCAAGAUUGCGCCUUGUGUGGCAGCUGGAAACACCAUCAUCAUCAAACCUGGAGAACAAGCGCCGUUGACAGUCAUGCGAAUUGUCGAGAUUCUACAGACUGUCCUCCCCAAGGGUGUUGUGCAAGCUGUUCCUGGAGCUGGAGCUGAAGUUGCUCAGUUGCUGGCUGAGAGCUCCACAGUCAAGAUGAUCUCGCUUACUGGAUCUACAGCUGCCGGAGCUGCUGUUGCCAGGACGGCCUCGGAUUUGGUCAAGCGUACCGCCUUGGAACUUGGCGGCAAGAACGCCUUUAUCGUAUUCGAGGACUGCGACUUGGACCGAGCGUUAAAGGGUGCUCUGGAAGGGGCCUUUUUCAACAAGGGAGAGGCUUGCACUGCAGCAUCAAGGCUUUUAGUUCAUGAAAAAGUAUACGAUGAAUUCGUCGACAAAUUAGCUACUGCUGUACGCAAGUUGCGGGUCGGCAAUGGAUUUGACAAAGACACUCAUGUUGGUCCUGUUGUCUCCAAGCAGCAACAGGACCGUAUCAGAAGCUACAUUACGCUAGGAAGCGACGAGGGUGCCAAGAUUGCUGCCCAGGCAGAGUUGCCUUCUGAUGAUGCGCUCAAAGACGGCUACUUUGUUGCGCCGACUCUUUUCAGGGACGUGUCACGGUCGAUGCGCAUCGCCCAAGAGGAAAUCUUUGGCCCUGUAGCGACCGUGUGCCCGUUCAGGACCGAGGCAGAGGCUGUCUCGAUUGUGAACGAGUCAAGAUAUGGGCUUGUGGCCGCAAUUUGGUCCAAGGAUACGGAGAAGGCCCUCCGAAUCAGCAGACAGGUUGACACAGGCAUGGUCUUUAUUAACAACUACUUCAGAAGCGGGCUGGGGUUACCUCAUGGUGGAUCCAAAGAGAGUGGCUACGGCAGGGAGCAUUGGAUUGAAACGCUCAACGAAUGGUCAACUAUCAAAUACAUCCAGAUGCCGUCUGGUCUGGGCAGAGUGCCUACCUGGAGGUCCGUUGCGGAUGUCUUUGAUGAAUAG